AUGGGUAGAACAAAGAACAGAUUUAUUAUUCCUUUUGUAGGCUAUACUGUCGAAAAACCAUUCUGUAUAAUCACAGAAUACAUGCCUAAUGGAGCUUUGAAUAAUUAUCUUAGAAAGGAAUGGAGAGCAAAGCCAAUAUUCUCAGGAACACACCUUACAAUGAUAGCUAUGGGUCUUAUUUGCGCUAUCCGCUAUUGCCACGUACAAAGAAUUAUUCAUCGUGAUAUUAAAGCUGCAAACUUACUUCUCGACCAUCACUUCUUACCAAAACUCUGUGAUUUCGGUAUUUCUCGUUUCAUUGCUACUCGCGCGAUGACAGAUGGUAUCGGAACCGCAUCUCAUAUGGCUCCAGAGAUAUUCGUCAGCACAAAGUACAAUAUUAAGGUCGAUGUAUUCGCUUACGGGGCAACUCUCUUCGAAAUGCUCGAGAAAAAGAAUCCAUACGUUGGACAUCCGGUAGAAGAGGUCAUUUCUAACUUCAGAAAGGGUAAAAGACCAAUCUUCAGGAACAAGGAAAUCCCAGAUGGUCUCAAAGACUUACUAAACCGUUGCUGGUCGCAAUCUCCAAAAAAUAGACCGACACCUGCUGAAAUUUACUUAGAAUUCGCAUCAGGAAAGGCAUAUUUCGCAGGUACAGACCACAAAGUCAUCAAAGAAUUCACCCAUGUGUUGAAUAAAGAAAUGAAUGAAAUGAAAUUCACGAGAACAGCGAACAAGAAGCCGGCAACCAAGUGGCAGAAGGAAACUGUGAAGCAACUACAGACCAAAUUAGAAAGAUCCAUGAAAGUCGACGCAAUGAAACUCGCAUUUGGCAUAGAACUCUCCGAAACACAAAUGGACGAUGAGCCACUGAUGAAAAUUGACACAGAUGACACAGACCAAAACGAUAACGCUUCUGACGAAGAAAAUUUCGAAAAGGAACAUGUAGAAAAAGCUGAAAUCAUCAGUAAAUCAUCACCCGAACCCAACAAAGAGCCAACAAUCAUUGAUAUUCUCAAUGAUUCACAGCAUCCAAUGUUCAAAUCUUCUGUUAUUGAAGUAUUAGAUAAGGUUACAGAAGAAGAAUUCCCUGGAAUAUACUCUAUUCUUAUCAAAUACUUCAUGAGCAAGGACGAUGACCUCAUUCCUGCUUUCAUUCUUGAGAAUUUCACAAAAUUGGUCAAAAGAUUACCGAAUAUCAUCAAAUUCUUCGACCAAUACCACUUCUUCUCUGUUCUCCCUGUCAAUUCACAGCAAGCACAACGUGCAACUCUCUUCUUCGUCGCUCAUAUCUUCGAAGAAUCUCCAAAUUCAAUCCAUUCAACGGUUUUCAGAUCAUUGAAUGCCUUGUUUAGGGUCUACCCCCAACAAACCCUUUAUUUAUUCCCUCAUUACAUCAACCGCUACAACAGACUUGAAAAUCCCGAACCUGUUUUGAAUUUAUUCCUAAAACAAGGGAAAAAAUACAUAAACAGCGAUUUCGGAGUUAUCUACAUCAGGUUGAUCUAUCAAUUAUACACAAUAGAAGGCUUCUGCAAAGAAAACAAAGAAGUAUUGAAACAAACAAUUUCAGCUUUUACGAGAUCCCAAAAUUCAUCAACAAUGGCAGUUUCUUUGUCAAUUUUUGCUUUGACGUUUGAAGAAACCGACCAAAUACCACUCGACGCGAUAAUUAAAGCGUUGCCUAAUAUACAAUGUGCAGAUUCAUGUGCGAACAUCUUAAUGAGAACGCAGAAUUAUCCGCAAUCAAAAACAUUGUUUAAGAGUCUUUGCGAUAAAUGUCAAAGACCAAAGAUCGCGAGAUGUCUGAUGAAAUUCGCGGCGAUGUCGAAUGAACACAGAAAGAUAUCAGCGAGUACAACGAAAUGGAUGAAUGUUGCUAAUCCUUUCACGUAUAGAACAUUCUUAAUUAUCUUUUCUGAUAGAAAUCUCAGACAAAAUGUGAUAAAAUCAAGACAUUUCGGUAAUUUCGUCACUAAAUGUUUGAGAACUAUUCCGGAUGAUGUAAUUCCUUCUUUGGCAACUGUUCUAAGACGUGCUGAUUUGAAUCAGGGACUGUUGUUAACAAUGACUGAUAAUUCUUUCUUUGAAGCUUUGCUUGAGAAAAUGUCUGUCAUUCCUUCGAAAGAAAACGAAAAGAAGAUUUUGGGAACAAUGGUUAUAUUGGAUUCUUGUGUUCAAAAGGGAUAUUCGUCUGAUUUCAAGUUGUUUAUUCACUUGUUGACGAAUUUAAUCCAGAAAAGUAAUAAUUUGACAAAACCUACAGCAAUGUUGAUUGUUUCUUUGAGUUCUCACAGCAAAAUGGCUUCGAGAUUCAAGAAGAUACAAGGAUUGGUUGAAUACUUCACGAGAAUGAAGAAGAAAUGA